AAAACAAGUUAUGUCGUUAUGGGACAGGAUCCUGGAGAGCAUAAACUUUCUAAGGCUAAGGCAAAACCAGGCAAUAAGACCAGCUAUGAACCACCAAUUGUGGAGAACAAGACAAAAAAGAAGGAGAAAACUGAACCAGUGGAGUCCCUCAGCCAGAGAAAAAAUCAGUUUGAAGGUGAUUUGUCACAACUGAGUGAAAGAUCUGUGUCAUCUCCAACAACACAAACACCACCAUCAUCACCUGCACUGAAAGGUGGGUGUUUCAAUCCUUUCCAACAAUUAGCGCAAGAGCAUGACUUCACUGAAAAUUUAAUUCACACUUCAGCUGUAUGCCUUAAAUUUCCUCACUAGUGAGCAUCCUACAUU